AUGAAGGCUUUAUUCAAAUGCUUUGCCCUAUUGGGGCUUGCUAUUUGUUUCGUUCUUGCGCGUGCGGACAUAGAUACUGAAGGCAAUCAGUCUGAAAGUGUAAUUCCACUUCGAACACAUUCCAUUUACAUGCCUUAUAUUGAUAUGGACCUUCAGAACCGAUGGUUCGAUUUUGGUGGUGAUACAGUGAUCAAUACUGCCAAGCAUAUUAGACUGACCCAUGAUCGACCAGCUCAAAGUGGCUGGUUAUGGAGUCGUCUGCCCUUAACCGCCACCAAUUGGCAAGUAGAAGUCGAAUUUAAGAUCAGCGGAAAAAACCCAACUCUUCAUGGUGACGGAAUGGCAAUAUGGCUUGCAUCUGAACGUGCAAAGGCUGGACCCGUUUUUGGGUUUAUUGAUAAAUUCGAAGGUCUUGGUAUCUUCUUUGACACAUACCCUAACGUCAGACAAUCCCAUACGUUCCCUUACGUGAUGGCAAUGAUUGGCGAUGGUAAUACUGAAUAUGAUCUCAAUAAUGAUGGUAGACGCAAUGAAGUCGCAGGAUGUGAGGCUGAAAUCAGAGACCAGCCGAUCGCAACCAAAGCACGAAUAACUUAUUACAAAAAUAAUUAUCUUGAGGUCAAGUUACAAUAUAAAGCAUGGGAUCAAUGGGAACCAUGUUUUACCAUUCCAAAUAUUACCAUUCCAACGGUUUCUUACCUUGGUUUCACUGCUUUAACGGGCGAAGUUAGUGAUGCCCAUGAUAUAAUUGGCGUUACAACAAAUAACAUCGUCUCCAUCCCACCAAGAUCUUUUAAACCGUCAUUACGUCAUCAAGAUUCGUCUUCAUCAUCAAGUUGGUUUGGUUUCUUCUUCUUACUAAAAUUUAUUGCAACUUCUGCUUUUCUUGGUGUCUUGGUCCUUGUCUAUAGGAUGUAUAAGAAUCAGUCAAAUAAAAGAUUCUAA